ACUUUAAGACUAUAUGAAAAAGCCGAAAUGGUAAUUAAACAGAUAUUGUUAUACGAAGUUACCUCAACAGAAAAUGUUACAAGUGGGCUUCUGGCGGGGAUCGCGUCAGGGUGAGAGAAAGCAACGUGUGUCAUCCCAGUGGCCUCUGUGUCAUUAUAAGCAAGGAAAGCUCAAGAAGGCGCUGGCUGUCCCUCAGCAUUCAGCUGGACCAUUGGAGGUCCCCAGGCUCUGAGUUUCAUCUCUGCCGCUUGCGGGGUCCCCAGGAGGAGCAUCUGUCUGUAGGAAGGUAGUAUAAGCACACCCGUCUUCUAGAUGAGCAAACAGACCCAGAAAGGUAAUUGGCCCAAGGUCGUGCAGCUAGCAAUAAGAUUGGAACCCUGGCUGUUUGGCAACCAGAUCUGUGCUCCUGAUCAGGACGAUGACUUUCCUAACUCUUUGACUGGGUUAUCAAUGCCAAGUUCCGUUUUUCAACCUGAGAAAACAUCAGUUAAGGAUAGACAGCAUCACCCUCAGCAUCACUGCCGCCACCGCCGUCACCACCACGCGGGGUACUAGUGUGCACGGGGGCUGCCAUGACAUGGCAUCACCACAGACCGAGCGGCUUGAAUGACAGAAAUGCACUGCCUCACAGUCCCGGAAGCCGGAAGUCCAAAAUCAAGGAAGAAGAUGUUAAAAACCUUCAGCAACUAUCACGGUGAUGGAUCUCUGUCAGGAAAAUGAGGCUGAGUUAGAAAAUAGUGAAAACGAUGAGACGGAAUUAACCUAUACUUGCCCAGAUGAAAGAAGCGAGAAGAAUCACGUUUGUUGUCUUCUCAACAUCAGCGACAUUACGCUUGAACAAGAUGAAAAAGCCCGUGACUUUGUCAUCGGAACUGGAUGGGAAGAAGCCGUACAAGGCUGGGGAAGGACAUCUCCAACCGCCUGCAUCUGGUCCAGGAAGAAGCUUAAAAAGGCGAGGGUGAGAGAAAGUGCCAGCAGCUGCUUACUCUGUGUCAGUCUCUCCCAAGGGAGUUCUGAGGCCGGGCCUCAGUCGGAGGUGGGGAAGCUGGGGUCCGUGGGUCCGGAGAAGGCUCGAGGCAGCCCCUCCCAGACUCAGGGGACCCGCCAAGGCCCCACCACCGCCUCCAGGGAGAUUAGCAAGGUCUGCUUUCCCACUUCCAGUCAGGGAGAGAAAAAAAGUCUGCAAAUAAAGGAGUUUAUUUGGUGCAAGGAAGACUGGGCCACCCCUGAGGCUAUUAGGGGCAAGGGCCCGGGCCAAGGUCCCUCCAUCUCAUACUCCUUGACUUCCAGGGCCCUUUUAGUCCUACCUCCCCUGAAGGCUUCACCCCCAUACGGCUUGGAUGUUCUGGGUAAGAAGAGUAAGAACUUUUUCUUGCAGCCAGAAGAGAAGGUGCUGAGUGUGGAAAAGGAUGAGUGUGUGGCUUGUGCGUGUGGACUGAAAAGGGUUGACGGGAAAGGUGAAAAGAGACCUGUUGAGCUGGCCAAGCACCCUAAGGUCAAUGACACAUUGCCUUUCCCUCCCUGGGCGGCCCCCGCACCCCUGCUGGCGGAUCACGAGAGGGGCUGCCUGCACUGGUCCCUCCUGCCUGAGAAACACCUGGUGUGCCCUCCCAAUCCCGGCAACGUGUGCUGUCUGGCCACCGUGCAGCUUUUGCAGAAACAGGGGGCGCAAAACUACAAAGCCAAAUUCAAAGCCAGGGAGCCAAGACCUGCCGUGAACACCCAAAAGCUCGUUCUCACAGAGGCCAAGCAGGAAAACAGGUCCAAAACGUUGGAGACCAAAGUGUUCCCGAAAACUCUCUUGCCCUCCCUCACAGUGAGCAGAGUUGUUAUUCCUGUCUCCACUCACAGACUCCUCUGAGUUGCCACAAUAGAAUUCCCUGGGAAUGA